UCCGAAAACAGGUUAAGGGUUUGUACACAUAUUUAUAGAGAAUUAUCUCGCAACCUAAGAGCUCUGUGUCUGUCCUGAUGAGUGCAAGAUGAAAAGCUUCGACAGUAUGUCUCUUUUUUUCAGCAAUACUCAAGAUCUUAAUUCGAUCAAUAUGAACUGUGCACAGGCCCAAGCCAUACAUGCAGCACUCCUACAUUUACCCUGAGACAAAGCUUUGAGAGUGUGUUGGCUAAGUGAGUUGGCAAAAGAUAAAAUGAAUUCAACACGGGACCAUCUGAAUGGUGCCUUAUCUAGUUGGUUUUCUAGAUCAAGUGGUGUCAAUGCCUCUAACAGUGUCUGUACAUCAGAGUAUGAGGGUAACAGAGGGUGAACAUCAAAUGCCAGAAGGGCCUUCACAUCUGUUAAGUGUUGGACCAAAAUUAAAUGGUGCUCUUCCUCACUUUCCCUAGUGCAACUCUAACUCAGUUGGGUAAUUUAUACUUUAACUUUGCAGAAUGUGGGCACACGAAUAGUUGAAUUUGAUUAAGAACCCGAACAUGGAGAUACAAGUGGACUCUGGUGCUUCUAAGCAUGGUUCACACUUGAAGAGGGGAGAAUUCUUUUGACUUUAGAAGCUGUUGUAUAUGUGGAAUCAUUGACAUAUUUAAACAAAAUCUUGGCAGUUAAUUGUUCCCUGGUGCAUUUUCCAUGGCAAUGCCUCCACCAGUCAGAUUCCAUUGCCAACCAAUCAGCACUCUCUUCUCAUGCAGUAUAAAUUGUUAUUCUCUUUGAGUUUGGAAUUCUUGUGUCUGUCCUGAUGAGUGCAAGAUGAAAAGCUUCGACAGUAUGUCUCUUUUUUUCAGCAAUACUCAAGAUCUUAAUUCGAUCAAUAUGAACUGUGCACAGGCCCAAGCCAUACAUGCAGCACUCCUACAUUUACCCUGAGACAAAGAACAUAUCCUGAUCAAAACCUGCGUUACAUUAAAGGAGAAACGUCAACUGUGAUAGACGAAGGUGAAAAUUUAUCUGGAGAUCGCAAUAUCGCGAUGCCACAGUAAUUGCUGCUGUCCAAUUUCCCAGUAGAUUCAAUAGUAACUUUCUAAAAGGAAUUGGAUAUAUAUUUGAAAAGGAGAGAUUUGCAGGGCCAUGAGGAAUAAGCAGGCAAGUGGGACUAAGUGGAUAACUCAGAGCGGGCACAGGCAAGAUGGGCUGAUUGGCCUUCUGUGCAUUUUGAUUAUAGUUUACGGCAAUAAUCGUAUCAGUAACAAAUAGUACUCAGCUUUUAAAGGGGUUAAGUGAUGUCAGUUGAAAAACCUGACUUGCAAGCUGCCACUGAGUUUCUAUUCGACUAUUGCCAAUUCAAAUAAAGACUCAACCCUUUGCACUGACCUUUAUUUCUCUUGGUAACUAGUGAGUUACAAAUUCUCACGGCUCUGAAUGGCAUAGCAGUGAUCAGAGUUUCAAGUUGCAAGGCUUUGAUACAACUGAGCAGCUUGGUCAACCAUUUCAGAGGGCAAUAAGAGUCAUCCACACUGCUGUGGCUCCGGAGUCAAAUAUAGAUGUCCUCUGUGAAGAAACCUGUUCUAAACAAUUCCUCGCUGAGCGAGGCCCAGGCUGUUGAGUUGGUCGAGCGGUUGUAUGGUCUGAAGGUCUCCAGUGUCCAACCGAUGCCCAGUUACAUUGACCAGAACUUCCACAUCCUGGUAUCUCAGAGCCAAGAGAUCGGAGAUCACAUUAAGAGCUAUGUCCUCAAAGUGAUGAACGCUGUUGAUAGCCAAGACACCGAUUUAAUUGAAGCACAAACACGAGCCAUGAUUUUUUUGAACGAGAAAGGAUUUCCUUCACCCACACCAAUCCUAGCCAUUGAUGGCAAAAUUAUGUCAUUGGAAACUAUUGAACAAGGGAAUGAACGUAGACAACACAUGAUCAGGAUGCUGACAUACCUGCCUGGUGUUCCAUUUGCCAAACUCACUUUGACUCACCGGACACUCUACAGAAUGGGUAGAACUAUUGCCCAAAUGGACAAGGCUCUUCAUGAGGAGUUCCAGCACCCAACCACAAAGAGCCUGCAUCGUGAAGGAUUCAGGUGGAAUCUUUCAAAUCUUCAUCUCCUGGAAAAGUACCUGCAUGAAUUGGAGGAGGGUGACACACGCUUAAUCGUCGAGCAAGUUGUUCAACAGUUCAAAGAAAAGAUUCUCCCUAACCUCAGCAAGUUUCGUGGAAGCAUUAUUCAUGGAGACUGCAAUGAGUACAACAUCCUGCUGGAGCCUGUGGAUCUAUCAGCUGAAGGUACGGUGGAGAGACCCAGCCUGACCCACACACAACCAGAAUUCCAGAUUUCUGCUAUCCUAGACUUUGGAGACAUGAAUUACAGCUGCCUUGUCUAUGAAUUAGUUAUCAGCAUCAUGUCUCUGAUGAUUGAGAGCCAGGACCCCUUGGCAGUGGGUGGCCACGUUAUUGCUGGUUUUGAGAGUGUGAUCCCACUGACGGAGGAGGAGAGAGAUGCCCUGUUCUUGCUGGUGCUCUGUAGGUUUUCUCAGUCGCUGAUUAUUGCUGGGCAUAGUGUCCUGCUCGAUCCAGAGAAUGAAGAAUACAUCAUGAUCACGGCGAGAAAAGGCCGGAGGUAUCUGCAUCAACUAUGGGAAGCGGGUAAAGAGGCAGUGGAAAGGAUCUGGUUUGAUGUAGCCGAGUCCUAUCAGAACUAGAGUGCAUGCGUCAUUAUCAGUAAUAUGAAAGGACAUUCUCUGCAAACAAAAGGAAUCUGUUUAAGCCACACACCUUUCUUCAAUUACCCAGGAGCUUGGAGAGCUUAUAGUUCCCUGUUGGUUUCUCCAUGGCAAUGCCUCAGCCAAUCAGAUUCGACUUGUCAACCAAUCAGCACCCUUUUCUGCUGUGGCAUAAAUUGUUGUGAUUGUUUGAAAUUUGGUAUUUUUGCAUUUUCCCUGAUGUGUGUAAGAUGAAAAGAUUUGGCAGCAUGUCUCUUUUCAGCAAUGAUAACGAGAUCUUCAACAGACAGGGCAAAGAUCUCAGAACUAUUAUUGUAUCACCUCCAACAGUACGAGUCUCCCUCAAACAGCUGAGCAGAAUUACAUUUCCUUCAACAACUUCUCUUUUUCAUGUCAAGAGUUAAGCAGAAGAAAGCUAGGAUCAGGAAAAGACCAUUCAGCCUACUUCUGACCCUUCCAUAGAACCCAGAUCACCUGAUCUAUUGUAAACGCUGCUGAGCCUGUUUAAUACCCUCUUUGGGGGUAAGUGGCUGCCUCCCAUUGACACCUGAUUCCUGGGAGGAGGAGGAGGUCAGAUGGUAAACCUCUCCUUAGGUUUGAAUGCGUUUGAACAGCCCGUCCCAGAACAUCCUGUGUCAGAAUAUCCUGGGUGGAAUUUUCCCCAGAGUUGCACUUGUUUCCUUUCCUGUGCAACACCACUCUUAUCGUGCCAGUCCUGAGUGCAGCAAACCUACGGCUUCUCCACCCAGGACCCUGCCCAUAGGUGAAACACUACAGAGGAGACCCUCACUGUGUUUAAAUUAGGUUGAACUGGGCAGUAUUCAUCAGGGUCAGAUACGAGAGUGAGACAAAUUGAGCCUGGGUCAGAACCAUCUGGAGUGACUGCCGUCAGUUCUGGGCCCCACACCUCAGGAAGGAUAAAUUGGCUUUGGGGGCAUGGUACGGAUUCACCAGAAUAAUACCGCAGCUAAAAGGGUUAAAUUAUGAGGACAGUCGGCUUGUACUCCCUUGAGUUCAGAAGAUUGAGAGCUGAUUUGAUUGGGGUGCUUAAAAUGUUUUUAAGAAAUGUUCAAUAGGGUGGAUAUAUCUUUAAAGCUUGAGCGGGGGUAUUUAGGAAGAACUUCUCCACACAAAGGACAGCUUUAAAUCGGAACUCUCCACUGUAAGGCCGUGAAUGCUGAGGGUCAGUUAGAGCUUUCAGGAUUGAGAUGGUUAGAUGGGUAAGGGUAUCAAGGGAGAUGAAACAAAAACAAAGGCAGGCAAAUGGAGUUGAGCUAGAGAUCAGCUAUGAUCUAACUGAAUGGUGGAACGGUCUCAAAGGGCUGAAUGGCCUCCUCCUGUUCCUAUGUUCCCAAAUACUGCCACAGCCUAUCCCCCACCCUUGAGGUUGAUUGUGGCCACAAUUCAGCAGUUUAUCUCUUUCUGUACCAGCAGAAAUUGAGGACUGAAUGGAAAACCAGACAUUUACUGGUUGCCCAGUUGUCUCUGUGCAAUGAGAUAACGAGCCUAAUCUUCCAGAGUGCUGCAGACACACUAAACCCUGAUAAAACUGUGUGCGACAUGAUUAUUGUAUGAUAAUCACAUAACUUCUGGACAAUAAAUGGACCAUUUCCACUAA